CAAAAAAAAAAAAAGAGGUGAGAGAAUUGGAAAGACCAAAAAAAAAAAAAAUCCUAAGGAACCUGUUCUUGCUCCUUUGUUCUUGAGUUUAGGGCAGCGGGUUUGGUAUUACCUCAAUUCGGUCAGUGUGUUUGCAACCAUGGCUGGUUCCUUUGAAUACGAAUACGAUGUCUUCGUUAGUUUUUGUAAGGAAGAUACCCGCACAAGCUUUGCCGGACAUCUCUUUGCCUCUUUUGACCGUAAAAAGAUUCGUGCGUAUAGAGGGGAAGAGGGUGGACCCGAGUUAUUGAAUGAAAUUGAAAAAUCAAAUAUUGCGGUUGUGGUGUUCUCCAAAAACUAUGCUACUUCGCAUUUGUGCCUGGAUGAGCUGGUGAAGAUCAUGGAAUGCAAAAGGCUGUUCAAUCAAAGGGUGAUCCCUGUUUUCUAUGAUGUGUCUCCAUCCGAGGUGCGAAAACAGAAGGGGAAUUUGUCGGAGGCGUUGCUGAAUGGCCCUGAAGAUAAGGUGAAUAGUUGGAAGGUUGCUUUAACGGACGCUGCAAACUUGGCAGGCUUGCAUUUGAAACCGUAUCGUCCAGAGCCAGAGUUUAUAGAGGAAAUUGUUGAAGUCAUUUGGAAAAGACUAAAAGGGGAAUCAUCCACCGUUCAAUCCCGUCGUCAGAUUGAUAAUCCCGGUACAGGUGCCGGUGAAGACUCUUCAAUAAUCAUCUCGCAAAAUGAUGCUUCAUCUGUUCAAAAUGUUAUUGCUGAGUGGAGUCGUCUUUUUUUUUUUAGCCUUAUAUAGACAUUUUGUUUUUGAAUCUAACUAAAAAGAUUCUCUAGUUUUUUUAUUUAUUUAAAAUCUCAGACGUUGCGUGCGGAGCAGUAAGACUUUAAAGGGUCACAAGUCUGAAGUAUGAAGUCUUCAGCAGCUACAAGCCGAAUAUUCCCUUCAACUCCACUGCCAAGUAAGGAUUGGAAGUGAAACCUAUUCCUCCCCCAGUCGAUUUUUCCCAUUCGGCUCCUUCCCUGCUUUACUCAUUUUAGCUGUUACAUUUUUUCUUUUCUUUUUUGUAUUUUAUUUUAUAUAUAUGUAAUUCGAUUAUUACAACGGGUAAAGAAAAUUUGAAUUCUGAACGUGGACAUGUACUAUUUGUUGAAAGAACGUGUACUUUUUAAGUAUGAUUGCAUAAUUGAUGUUUCAAUAGAGGAAUUUUUUCUUA